GGCCGUCGAACUGGCUCGCAAAAAGAACGCGGCGGCGGCAGAGGAAUGCGCAUUCCUGCGCCCGCCGGGGCUCGACCAAUGGGCGUCGUUGGUUGCUCCCACGUGACUCGCGGCAUUCCGCGCGUGCUUCUGCUGCAGUCGUCGGAAUGCGCGCUGCUGCUGCUGUUUUUGUCUGAACUUCGGCGGCGCGGCGGAGGUUGCCGCACAUCGGCGAUUCCUGCGGAGGAAUUUUUCUUCGACGCUCGGUGGCGGACGAAACGACGUGAGUGAAGGGAAAGAAAAGGUUGUCACCGCGCGUUCUGGAUCGCAAGUUUCGCACUGACCGCGGCAGCCCCUCUCCGCGCGGGUGGCGUAGCUCUGCCGGCAUUCCUCUGCUGCUGCGGACGAGCGGUGGUGCGCCAACGCGCAUCCUACUGCCCCGUUGAUCAGCUGACAGCUUGAGCGAACGUCGCGACGCGGACUUCCUCGCCUGUCUCGUGCUUUCACCCGGCUGUCCACGCUGGAUAAGAUCGGUACUGCUCACGUUUAGCGCUGAGCUACAGCUGGAUCUCUCCUCUGCAGAGCCGUGUGCGCACUCCAUCAACCGUUCAUGCCUGUCCCAAAAAUGUGCGGGCCCGCGGCAGCAGAGAAGCGCAAGCUUCCGUUACCCCUUACGGCAUCGUCGUCAUCAGCACCCCCCAGUGAAAAGCAGCCCCGUCUGUGUGACAACGGCACCGUCGACGUUGAGCCGUUGCAGCCGCUCGACAUGCGACGCUCACGGCCUUCGGUGAUUCGGCGCUGCUCGGCAGUGGUGCGGCCCACGCACGAGGAGCGGGAGCCGUCGAGGUUGCUGAGGGGCUCGACGAACACAGUGACCGGGAUGACUGGCAUGCGUGGACCUUCCGAUCAGCCGGACCCUGCGGUGGAGGCGCACUUCAGACGGUCGCUCGGGCCUCAGUAUGCGGCGCUAUUUGCUGGACCGACCGAACCUGCCGGUUCGGCACUCACCGUCGACGACCACUUUGCUCGGGCACUGGGGCCAGACACCUGGUUGCGCCUUCAGGAUGGCCUGACCUCCUCCUGACUGUCGGAGCAGCGUCGAUCGCUGGUGUGUAAAUAGACUCCUCUGCAGCGAAUCCUUGGCCCAGUGUACAGGAAACCCUCUACAAUGCGUCUUUCGGUCUUCUGUGCCACUUACUAUACUGGCCUCCGGACUGGGGAACAUCUCCUGCAUGGCGUUACCCGGCACUUUUGAGGAAGUGCCCAUGUACAGAACGUAUGCGCCGCUUAACAACGUCUUUAAGAACAAUCUCUGGAAAGAAUGUGCAACAGCCUUGUAGGCCUUGUGGUGUACAAGGUAGUAUAAACGCUAAGAGCGAAACAGUCGACGACCCGAAGGUCUUCAUGUGGAGCUCUCAAUGAACACUGACCCUUUGCUGUGUCUAUCGCUUGGGCUGGUUGGUUGUUUAAGGUUCCUAAUAAAAGCACAGACAAAUUUGUGACUUUUAA